CGGGCCUGGCGAGACAUGACCAAUCGGAGGCCUCUGUGGCGUGGGGGCGGGGCCUGCGAGGGUUUGAAUAAUCACCAGAACCAAUCAGAGAGGCGGGGGUGUGGUCUGUGGCCCGGCUCGUCAAGUUACCGUGGCGCGGAGAACUCUGCAAAACAAGAGGCUGAGGAUUGCGUUAGCGAUAAACCAGUUCACGCCGGAGCCCUGGGAAGGAAGCGUCUCUGUUGGAUCCGGCUCCUCCGCGGGACUCUGAGGAAAAGCUACCACCAGGUAGACGCCGUCUGUCACCAUGGGCAAAGGAGACCCCAACAAGCCGCGGGGCAAGAUGUCCUCGUACGCCUUCUUCGUGCAGACCUGCGGGAAGAGCACAAGAAGAAACACCCAGACUCUUCGGUCAAUUUCGCCGAAUUCUCCAAGAAAUGUUCCGAGAGAUGGAAGACCAUGUCUGCGAAGGAAAAGUCGAAAUUUGAAGAUAUGGCAAAAAGUGACAAAGCUCGCUAUGACAGGGAGAUGAAAAAUUAUGUUCCUCCCAAAGGUGACAAGAAAGGAAAGAAGAAAGACCCCAAUGCCCCUAAAAGGCCUCCGUCUGCAUUCUCCUGUUUUGUUCUGAACAUCGCCCAAAGAUCAAAAGUGAACACCCUGGUUAUCCAUUGGGGAUACUGCAAAAAAGUUGGGUGAAAUGUGGUCUGAACAGUCAGCCAAAGAUAAACAACCGUAUGAACAGAAGGCGGCUAAGCUAAAGGAGAAGUAUGAAAAGGAUAUUGCUGCAUAUCGCGCCAAGGGCAAAAGUGAAGCGGGAAAGAAGGGCCCUGGUAGGCCUACAGGUUCAAAGAAGAAGAAUGAACCAGAGGAUGAGGAGGAAGAGGAGGAGGAGGAGGAAGAUGAAGAUGAUGAGGAAGAGGAGGAAGAUGAAGAAUAAAUGGCUAUCCUGUAAUGAUAUGUGUGGAGUGUGCGUGUGUGCUCAGGCAAUUGUUUUUGCUAAGAAUGUGAAUUCAAGUGCAGCUCAAUAUUAGCUUCAGUAUAAAAACUGUACAGAUUUUGUAUAGCUGAUAAGAUUCUUUGUAGAGAAAAUACUUUUUUAAGAAUGCAGGUUGUAGCUUUUUUGAGGGGCUACUACAUACAGUUAGAUUUUAAAGCUUCUGAUGUUGAAUGUUUCUAAAUAUUUAAUGGUUUUCUUAAUUCUUGACUUGUGUAUUGUAGCACAGCAAACUUGUAGGAAUUAGUAUCAAUAGUAAAUUUGGGUUUUUAGAAUUUUGAGUUUUGUUUUUUUAAAAAAAAUUUUGUAAUAAAAUUAUGUAUAUUAUU